AUUUCACGUUACUUUCUCCCAAUAAGGGUUUUCUCGCUUCUCUUCUUCUCGGCCACCUCGCCAAGAACAUCUCCCUCCCAGCAAUGUCUGACACAAGCAUACAUGGAGUUGAUGAAGAUGAGGUAGAGUUUUAUGGGACUCUUAGGGUAUUGCUACUGGCAAUAGAAGCAGUGAUUUACGCGAUAUAUAAUCUCGCUUCAAGGAUCAAUGAUGAAUCUAUUAGACGACCAUUGACACGACGACCAGUGACGUCUAACGGGUUAAAAUAUAUGGAUGAAAUAAUGACUGAAGACCCAAAAAAAUUUCGAGAUGUAUACAGAAUGUAUCCUGAUAUUUUCCGAAAAUUAUGCACUAUCCUAAGAUACAAAACGCCUUUGACGGAUACACGAUUCAUUUGUGUGGAAGAAAUGGUUGCAACAUUUUUGCUUGUUGUUGGUCAAAACAACCGCUAUAGUCAACCGAAAAUGAUAUUUAAGCGGUCACACUUCACUGUCAGCAGAAGUUUCAAUAAAGUAUUGAAAGCACUGAAUACAAUAGCUCCAGAGUUUAUGGCUAAACCUGAGUCAGUACCACAUGUCAUUAGAGAAAGUACAAGGUUUUAUCCUUACUUUAAG